AUGCACUCCUCCGGCCUUUCGGGAAGUAUUCGGAAUAGAAAUUUGCGAGAUAGCACUUGCGAUGGUGGACAAUGCGGAAAACAACAAUGCGGCAGCGGCGGCGGCAGCAGCAGCAGCAACGCGGCAAUCAUCAUGGAUAAGAUUGACAGUGACAGCGGGAGCGGUAUUGAUUAUUACCUCGGUAGUGUCGAUCGCAAUGCUAAACUUGGAGUUGUGAGAUCGGAGUACGUGACUGCGAGAGCCGGAAAAAUCCUCUUGAAGCCAACAAUUUCGCGCGCGACAUAUGUGCGAGCAGAAGAGACGGGGGAAGCGAUAGCCGAGUUCCCUGCCGAAGAUUCCACCCAGGGAUUUCUCGACCGGUUCGGAUUUUUUGGGGGAGUCCCAUCUACAACAUCCGACAGUGACACAGCUCACGGCGAGACGAGGCAGAGACAAGCGCGCGAGAGGACAGAGAGCAAGUUGGCCCAGUACUCAGCGAAACUAGAAUCAUACGAGAAGGCAAAGCAAAGCCGAACGGCCGAGAAAGAAAGCAGCAAGGCGUCUAAGUCCGCGGCUAGGAAGACGGCCUACGAGGAAGCAAAGCAGAGCCAGAUUGUUGAGCAGGAAAGAAGGAAAGUAUCCAAGAUCAAGACUAGCGAUAGCGAGACAAUCUUAUCCGAAAAAGACAAGAGCAAGUUGGCCAAGUACUCGGCGAAAAUCGAAUCUUACGACAAGGCAAAGCAAAGCCAAACGGCCGAGAGGGAGAGCAGCAAGGCGUCGAAGUACUCGGCUAGGAAGACGGCUUACGAAGCAGCAAAGCAAAGCCAAGUUGCUAAGCAAGAAGAAAGGGAAGCUUCGAAAGCUGAAAUUUCCCAAACUCCAGCCGAGAAGGACAGAGUGAAGCUGUCCAAGUACGCGGCUAAAAUAACAGCCUACGAGAGAGCAAAAAAAAUCCAAACGGCCGAGAGGGAAAGCAGCAAGGCGUCUAAGUCCGCGGCUAGGAAGACGGCCCACGAGGAAGCAAAGCAGAGCCAGCAGGUCGAGCAAGAAAAAAGGAAAGCAAGUGCCGAGCAAGAAAAAAAGGAAGCAUCCAAGGCCAAGCACAGCGACAGCGAAACAACCCCCCUAUUCGAGAAACACAAGAGCAAGAUGGCCAAGUACUCGGCGAAAAUUGAAUCUUACGAAAGGGCAAAGCAAAGCCAAACGGCCGAGAGGGAAAGCAGCAAAGCGUCUAAAUCCGCAGCUAGGAAGACGGCUUACGAGGAAGCAAAGCAAAGCCAAGUUGCUAAGCACGAAGAAAGGGAAGCUUUUGUCCAAACAACUCCAGCCGAGAAGGAAAGAGUGAAGCUGUCCAAGUACGCGGCUAAAAUAAUGGCCUACGAAAUGGCAAAACAAAGCCAUGCUGCUCAGCAAAAAGAGAAAGGGGCGUCUAGGAUCAAAAAUGCCAAGACAAUUCUGGUGGAGAAGGAACGACUGAAAGCGUCCAGGGACUCGGCUAGCAAAACGGCUCGCGAAAAGGCAAGGCAAAGUCAAGUCCUUGAGCAAGAAGAGAGGGAAGCUUCGAAAAUAAAGAAGGGAGGAACAACUCUAGCUGAGAAGGAUAGGAUGAAGGUGUCCAAGUACGCGGCCAAAAUGAUGGCUUACGAAGAGGCAAGGCAAAGCCAAGCUGCGGAGCGGGAAAAUAGAAAGGCGUCUAGAAUCAAGGAUUGGGAAGCAGCCCAAGCUGAGAAGGAGAAGGUCAAGAGGUUGAGAAUGGAGCCAGGAGAGGAGAUUCUGGAAACCUCGACGUCCAGUGCCACGUCGUCCAGUCGGAGCCACAAAAACAAGGAAAGCCCGACGCUCACAAGCAAGGCACAGCCGACAGGUCUCUUGGGCUGGGGAUCCAGUGUCGCACAGAAGGCCUUGGACCGCAUCACAUUGAAGAAAGACGACGGAUGGCGCACCGAAGCCGAGGGAGACGAGAGGGGAGCGGGCACCAGAGCGGCGACGCAGGCUACGAGUGGCAAGUUGACUGGUAUCCCCGAGAUCAAGCCAUCGAGCAGUUCGCCGGCGCCGCGCAGCAGAACCCCCGUGGAGUUGCCGCCGAAGUCUCCUGGGAAAAGUGGGAGCGAGCCCUCCACGUCCACGGCGGAUGCGCCAGAAAAUGAGACUGAGGAGCGGAGCCGGCCAGUCGAAUCUGCCGAAGCGAAAACUCGGUGGCGUGAAACGCUUCAGGGCUGGGCGGGGUAUUGGAAGAGAGCACGGAGGGAACAUGACCCGAUUGAUACGCCAUCUAUCAAGAAAUAUGCAUCUUCAUCGCUCGCGGACUCAGAGGAGAGUUCUUUUAGCAAAGGCGGAAAGAUCACGAAAGAAGACAAGACGUCUGUCGAUGGGAAGAAGGAUACAGAGCCGAAGCCAUCUGCAUCAGGCCAAGCGGAAGAUGAAUCCGAGAUUGGGACACAGAAGCCAGGUAGAGAAAACAACCCUAGGCAGCCUUCGGAGUCGAGUGAUCCAUCGUCGCUCUGGUCGCAGGUUAAGAGUGCCCCUUCGGAUUUUAUGGCUUGGUGGGCAGAAGCCUUGCGGCUCCCUGACGAGACGAAGGAUGAGGUGAACCGACAAAAACAGGCGGCAGAGACGACGGGUGAACGUAUACUGAAGGAAGCAUCGUCAAAAACAGAAGAAGGGGUCCCGUCGUCAGAGAAACAGAGUCCCGAAACCCCCAGAACGUCUCUAGGCUCGUCGAAGACUGUAUGGAAGCAUCUGUCUUCCUGGGGGAGAUCCUCACGGCAGGGUGCAGCCUACAACGAAGAUUCGCUAGCUGGAGAAAGCAAUUUCCCGGCCCAGGAGGAAACUUCUUUCGGGAGUACUGCUCAUGCUCACUCAAGAGGCCAAGAUGAAUCGACGGAUGCCGUCUCGGAACAUCCCAAGCAGGAGGAGAGCUCAAAGCACGAUCUGGCAUCAGAAGAUCGAGAGACGGACUGGGCAAGCCCAUCCAGCCAGUACGAAGCAGCAGAUGCCGGUACAUCCGAGACACACACCACAAAGCAGAAACAGGCGGCAAUCGAGGCAGCAGAUAAAGAGCUCUUCGAGAGUCUGAGCCCCAGCUCGUGGGGAAGCCAGAUGAUGCCUGCCUGGCUCACGAGAUAUCUACCCACAUCUGCGACGCGCCCACCAUCUUCUUCCGCAUCUUCGAGGCUGAAGGCGGGCCCUUCCAAAGCUCGGAGGUGGCAGCCUGGAUCCUUCAGCUUUCCAGGCGAGAGGGCCCCGACGAGCCAAGAGCAGCGUGUCGCGACGGCGCUGGAUUUGACCUUGUCCCUCUACUCCGUCAUCGACCAGUUGAUGGCCGAGGGUGACAGCCAUCACCUCAACGUCACCCGCUUGCAAAAGGCUUGGGACCGCGUCAGCUCCUCGUCUAAGGUGCUCGACUCCAGCCAGCUCAUCAACAAGAUGGCCCGGGAGAGUGACGGUCGUGAUCGCCUUCAGACUUACCCGGGCGUAGUGCACAGGUUCAGUGAUUUGGCCAGGAGCCUCGCGGGAGUCUCGAUACAGAUUGUGAAUGGGGAAAUCACCGAGGAGAUGGCUUCGAGAUGGCUGAAUGAGAGUACGAAGGAUAGUAUUGAAGCGUUUGUGCAGCAGAUCAAGAAGCGGCCUCAUUUUGCGUUUGACGAAGAACUGGUGUCGGAGGGGUUCCAUUGGCAGAUUUUGACUGACUGUAAGGAGAUCUUGCGACUUUCCAGGGAUGCGUUGAGCAAAAAUUAUGCUUCGGUCGAAAUAUAA